ACGUGUCUCCGUUCCCAUUAGCAACCGGAGGCUUCCAAACAAGCUGCCCGCCCUCCGCAUCUUCUGCGGCCCAGCCACCCGCGGCGAUCCCCGCGCUUGACGGGGCUCCGCCUGGCCUCUCCCGCUCCUCCGGGCUGCGACCCCCGCCGCCGCCAUGGCAGAGUUGGGCCUAAAUGAACACCAUCAAAACGAAGUUAUUAACUACAUGCGUUUUGCUCGUUCCAGAAGAGGCUUGAGACUCAAAACUGUCGAUUCCUGCUUCCAAGACCUCAAGGAGAGCAGGCUAGUGGAGGAGACCUUCACCGUGGACGAGGUGUCCGAGGUCCUGAGCGGGCUGCAGGCCGUGGUCUACAGCGAGGUGGAGUCUGAGCUCAUCAACACGGCGCACACCAACGUGUUACUCCUGCGGCAGCUCUUCUUCCAAGCCGAGAAGUGGUACCUCAAGCUGCAGACGGACAUCUCGGAACUUGAAAACAGAGAAUUAUUAGAACAAGUUGCAGAAUUCGAAAAAGCAGAAUUUACGUCUUCGAAUAAAAAGCCCAUCCUAGAUACCCUGAAGCCAAAGCUUGCUCCACUAAAUGAGGGCGGAACAGAACUCCUGAACAAGGAAAUUGAACGACUUCAAGAAGAGAAUGAGAAAUUGAAGUCGAGGCUGAAGACCAUUGAAAUACAGGCAACACAGGCAUUAGAUGAGAAGUCAAAACUGGAAAGAGCACUGCAGGACUUACAGCUUGACCAAGGAAAUCAAAAGGAUUUUAUAAAGGCCCAAGACUUGAACGACCUGGAAAACACAGUUGCUGCUUUAAAGAGUGAGUUUCAGAAGACACUUAACGACAAGACAGAAAACCAGAAGUCCCUGGAGGAGAAUCUGGCAACAGCCAAGCACGACCUACUCAGGGUCCAGGAGCAGCUGAGCAUGGCUGAAAAGGAAUUAGACAAGAAAUUCCAACAGACAGCAGCUUAUCGAAACAUGAAAGAGAUUCUCACCAGGAAGAAUGACCAAAUCAAAGACCUGAGGAGAAGAUUGGCCAAAUACGAACCCGAAGAUUAAAACCCAAAGAAGAUUUCUUCUGGAAGCUGCCACAGCAUAAAAGUACAAGCUGUUUCUCACCUCAGACACGUAUUUUGAAGCAGUUUGUUAUAUUCCCUCUCUUUAUUUUUCUAAUAUAUAGACUUUGCUUCUACUAUUUAGAACUAGACUCCCUAUUGCAGCUACCUGAUUGAGCAGAGGGGAGCCUGCUGCCUGAUCCCAGCCGGCCGGCCCAGACCCUUCUGCGAGCAUUCCAGGGCCUCCGUUCCGAUGCAGUGAGAACUCUUUGUGGUAAAGAAGAGAUUUUAGAGCGGGAAGAAGAGCCUUCUCCUUCCGCAUUAGCACAAAGCAUAUACCAUUUCAGUAAAUGUUAAAAAUAAAAACAGUUAUUAAAGAUAGUUACUACAAAUAAACCUUAUUUUUCAAAAUCUAA